GAUUUUUCUUCCUUCUUUAGUAUGUGCUCUUGGAGACGACGAUAAAAAGAGGAAAAAAGAGAGAGAGAGAGAUACGAUCGUAAACGUUGACGAUGACGAUGAUGCCGCACGAUGACGAUGGAGCGAGAAAAUGGAUCUCUGAUAUGAAUAAAACAGAAUCUUUUAAUUUGGACGGAUCGAAAAAUCCAAGACAGCCGAAAAGAAAGGAUGGAAGCGUAAACACGGAAGAGGAAAAAUAUUCGGGAAAGCAAAAGAAGAAACCUAACAAGCUUUCAUUAUGGUGCGGCAAAUUAUGCGGAUGGAGAAAGAAGAAAGGUGAAAAGGACAAGAGGAAGCUAAAUAAAAAAUCGAAACGUAAAAAGUCAAAAAGAAAACGUUACUGCGGAUUUUGUAAAAGGAAGAAAAAGAAGGAGGACGAGGAGGAGGAGGCGACCUUUGACCAGUCGGAUUCAAAGAUAUCUGUCGAAGAAAGAAAAAAGUCAAGAGCAGAAAGAAAGAAAGAAAAAGCGCUUAAACGGAGAAACUCUGAUCAUCUGGAAAAGUCAGUCUCCUAUGCUAAGGACAAUCGAUAUACCGACGAUCAAAGAUUUAAAAUUAAUCGAGAUCGUGAUAGAUUAAUAGGUGAUAUCACUAAAAGUUGCUGCUUUUUAUGUGCCGAAAAUUCUUUAGCGAUCGCGGCAGCUAUCGGUCCUAGGCCAAUAUGUUCCGAUAAGAGCGUGGAUGCGUAUGGCAUGAAAGGGAUCGAGACUAGUUGCAGUCCGAUUAAAUUGCCGGUACACGUGAGGACCGUCAAAUCGUCCUUACGAAUUAAAGUAAAAGACACGUGUACGUCCUAUGGGAACAUGCCGAAAGCAAAGAAAAAACGUAAGAAAUUUAAACUUUUUCCAAAAGUUAAAAAGACCACGUGUCCUAACCAUAAGGUUAUACCCAAACGACGUACGGUCGGUUGUGUUACCGAAAAUCCAUCGAAAUCUGAGAAACCAAAAGAGAAAAAGAUACACGAGCCUUGUUGCAAGGACAAAGCGACAUAAUUAUUUUGCUAUUUCGAUCCUAUUUUGCUCUCUUUCUUCUUUUCUUUUUUUGUUUUUUUUUCUCUUUCACCAAACUUCGGCGUAUUUGAAAAUCGAUAUUUUCAAUAAAGAUUAUACGCUCGAUUUAUUUCUUCUUCCUUUCAUGUGAUUUCUUCAUUGACAAGAUUUCUUUCCACGUGCGAUCACCCACGAUCGUCGUAUCUUCCUCGAAAUCUGAAAAAAAAAAAAAAAAAAAGAUAAAUCUUUCAUAAUUCUUCAAUCUAUCAUUUAUUUCUAUCAUUACGAGCUAUCUCAAUUUUUAAUACCACAGACCGUAUUAGAUUCUUCUGUCGUUAAAUCCUUUAGAAAAGUUUCAAUCCACUUUGGUCCUUGGAUCACCUGAAAAAUAUAAUGCUGGUUAAUAAAGUUUAAUAUCAAAUAAA